UAAUUGUGGUGUGACAGCCAGUGCAAGGAACUCCAGGAAAUCUGAUGUGAAACCAGAGAGAGAGAGGGAGGGAGAGAGAGAGAGAGAGAGACACACACACAUACACACACAGAACAGAGCCAGAUAAGGAGACGGAGAGAGAGAGAGAGAAGGAGAAGGGAUCGGAGGGGGACUGAAUGCAGCCGCGGCAGGGAGAGGAGAGCGAGGACAUGGGUGUGAAGAGCAAGGCUGCCGCCGCGAUCGUCAUUCUGCUGCUGUUCCUCGGCUGCUUGUGGCUACAGGGAGGCCUGGACUACCACUGGGACUCCUGCUUGAAGAGUUACAACCAGGUAAACAAUCUCAACCAGUUGACCAACAGAAGUGGGUCUGGGGAGGCAGAGGGCCCAGUCCGACAGGAGGGGUGUCCGGGCCAGACCUUCCAGGUGUCCGCCCUGCUCUCUCACCUGCAGGAUGCCUCGGCCUCGCGCUCGGACAUCAUGCUGCAGCCGUAUCUCUCCAGCUGGGAUGAGCUAGUCAGGUUCAUGGAGGCUCUCGGCCCUAUGGUCGGGUUAAUAUCCAACGAGAUCGAGACCAAGACCACCCUGAUCCGCCAGCUGGCCCUGGCGGCAGAGGUGGGUCCGGAGGCCGAGCUCCGUCCGGACAACCCGCCGGCCCGGUUCGCCGGCACCUCGGGGGCCGACGACCGCGGCGCCUACCGCUCGGUGCGCUCCAUGAUCCACGUGGAGCUGCAGAGCGGCCUGGUGGACUUCCAUCAGACCAGCGACUCGGGCUGCCGCACCCUGCUCCGCCUGCACCGCGCCCUGGACUGGCUCCGGCUCUUCCUGGAGAAGCUGGCCGAGACGCCGGCCAGCGGCACCAGCGGCCGCCUGCGGAGCCCGUCGGAGCUGUGCCGCGAGGCCUACCAGAGCACGCUGGCGCACCACCACACCUGGUUCGUCCGGCGCGCCGCCGAGCUGGCCUUCAUCGCGCUGCCGGAGCGCGGCUUCUUCUACCGGCUGGUCUGCGUCCAGAACCAGGAGGAGCUGAGCAGACUGCUGCUCCGCGUCGUGGCGGCCAUCGCGCAGGUGUACGACAGGACUCAGGGGAUCCUGGAGGACAACCUGAUGCUGGACCUGCCCUAGUGCCCCGGGGCCAGGCAGCAGAGAGAGUAAGAGACUAACCGCAGCUUCCGUGGUAGGCGACCCCCCCCAAGCCAGGAUCUACCGCGUGCUGACUACUUCAUUUGAGGACCUUCUGCCAAAUACAGGGUUUACCACCCCAGGUGCCAAAUCUAGAGGACUUGUUUUAUUCCCAACCAAACUGUAGCGGGAACAAUCAACUAAUGCUCUAGACGUAUUUACGUUUCAAUUGUAACAUUCCUCUGCACUCGACAUUACCUCCUUAUGUGAGGUGGACACACUGUCUUAAUAUUUUAUAUAUUGAAAAGAAAGUUUGCUGAAAGACAACUAUAAUUUAUUUAUAUGAAUUAAUCAUUGAAAACAGUGUGGUUGGUGUAUACCUAAGCAUUUUUACCUUAAAUUAUCUAUAAAUAGGAACAUAUGGAUUUAUUGAGAUAUAUUUUAUAAAAGACUGAUUUAAUUUUAUUUUUGGGUGAAAAUUAAGAAUGUUACCAUCUUAGAAUAUUUCUAUAAUAGAUUUUACAUUGUGAAAGAUUUUUAUGACGUUUGAAUAAAAAAAUGAUCUGUCAGAUAAAACAAAUCACAAUCAUCAAUGUAAAGUUUGGUCUCAUUGAUUGUCUCUGAACUGCUAGCAUGCAUCUCACGUGAUAUCCUUUAUCCUUCAGCAGUUAUAAUCAGCUUUCACAACGCACAAUCUUUACUUACGCAACGUUUGAGAGAUAAUCAGAUCUAUGACAUGCGAUUAAUAUCCCCUACGUUUCUGUGCCAGACCAACCGUGUAAAGGAAACACAUCACUAUUUUCAGUCAGCAAACAUUUGUCCAUAAGAAAUAUUAAAAUCGAAUCAGAUUUAACGAUCAACCUGCUCUCAUCAAAAUAAACGACAUGAGACAACUGCCAAUGCAGAUCAGUCCUUUUGGGACAACCUCGUCAGGUGGCCCGCGUGCCACGGCAGGCCUGCGUCGAGUUCAACCGGGCGAGCAUGGCGUGUCCCGCUGCCGUCGGCCACCGGUGCUUUCAGACUAUUUUCAACCCACAAAUACCUCUAAGGCUAGAUUAUCUCCUCUCCUCCAGGACUCCUUCCCUGCCCCAGCUUUCCAAGGCACUCUGAAGGCUGCUGGGGCAGGGACAGAGAUAGAGAUAGAGACAGAGACAGAGCACUGGUCAGGGACAGAGCUAGAUAUGGAGAUAGAGCAAAAAAGUGCUGGUCUACCUCUACAGAGAUAGAGCUAGAUACCGAGCUAUAGAUAGAGCUAGAUACAGAGCUAGAGACAGAGCUAUAGAUAGAG